AUGGCACACAACGCGAACUUGAAGAUUGUCUUCGGGGCAAUGACCUUUGGCAAACCAAACACUCUUGGCGCCCGUGUUCACGACAAGGAAGACGCAGCUCUGAUUCUGGACACCUUUCAGGGACACGGACACAAAGAAGUGGACACCGCGAGAAUUUACGGUGGUGGCUCUUGUGAAGAAAUGCUUGGCUCCUUGUCAUGGCAAGACCGAGGCCUCACCAUCGACACUAAGCUCUUCCCAAAUUCCGAAGGGAAGUGGAAUUUCAAAGAUUCUUACACGCAUAAGCCAGAUGACAUCCGCCGAGGACUGACGGAUAGCUUGAAGGCCCUGAACAGCGAAGAAGUCGACUUGUUCUACCUGCAUGCGCCCGAUCGCAAAACCCCAUUCGAAGACACUCUCCGAGAAGUUAAUAAUCUUUACGAACAAGGGCGUUUCAAGCGUCUCGGACUGAGCAACUUCAUGUCCUGGGAGGUUGCGCAGGUGUGCGAGAUCUGCAAAAAGAAUGGAUGGAUCAUGCCUUCGGUAUACCAGGGAGUCUACCAUGCUCUUCAGCGCAGUAUUGAGGGCGAAUUGUUCCUUUGUCUUCGCAAGUACAAUAUAUCGCUCUACGCAUUCCAGCCUUUGGCUGGAGGACUACUCACUGGUCGGUACAAGCGCGAACAAACCGAGUUUGAGGAGGGUUCUCGAUUCGAUCCGAAAAUCCUGCAAGGAAAAGUUCACCGAAACCGGUACUGGAAUGAUAUUUAUUUUGACGCCAUUGAGCUCAUCCAUGCUGCUGCGACAAAGCAUGGGUUGACAGAUGGGGAAGUUGCGCUGAGGUGGCUGAAAUACCAUUCUCAACUGAACGAAGAACUCCAGGAUGCUAUCCUUGUCGGAGCAAGCAGCGUCAAACACCUGGAGACAAAUUUAUCGGAUCUGGAGAAACCCUCCCUGCCAGAAGAAGUUGUCCAGGCGCUCGAAAAAGCUUGGCUGAUGGUGAAGGGGGUUGCGCCAAAGUAUUGGCAUUAG